CAUGGGCAUCUUCAUCUCAUCCAUCACACAACACACAACCUAGCUAGCUACUGCUGCUGAUCGAUCUUGCACACCCAACUGAAGGUCGACGCAUGGCAUCCAAGGGUCUCAUAGUGGUUGCUGUCCUGCUUGCUGCGGCUUUCCUCGUGGCCACAGCUGAACAAACUCAGGCCAACAAGGAAGAGACCCAUGCCGGUGUUCAGGGUGGCUACCCCGGCGGCGGUGGCGGUUGCGGUUGUGGCGGAGGCGGCGCCGGCGGGUAUUCUGGACAUGGCGGAGGCGGCGCCGGCGGAUACCCUGGACACGGCGGGUGCGGCGGCAGCGGCGGCUGCAGUCCCGGAGCCCAAGUAUCGGGCGGAGGUCCGCAACUAAGUGCCGGAUGCGGCAGCGUGCAUGCGUAGUAUAGACGUACUACCGUUGCUAGUUGCACGCACGUAGUAACUACUCGUAUGCAUGGUCAAUAAGAAGCUACUGCAUGUGUAUGUAUACGUACACAUUGCACAGUUAUCUUGAUCCAAUACCAGGACUCCGUUCUGGUCAAUGGUGUUCAUGUUUACCCCUGUAAGACUUGUCUUUCUUGCUCAAUAUGCAGGAAACUCUCGUUCAUGCAUGUUAUACACUAGUAGAAAACAGGGCAUUGGUUCGGCCCUUGUAA